CUCCCAGGGCACACCCGCCCGUCACUUCUCUCUCUCUGCUCCGCAUCCGGCCAGAAUUGGGGGGUGUUUGCCUGGAGACGUGUGAAGAAGGGGUGCCAGAGACCGUGCCAAGCGCUUGUCAAGGGGUGUGAAAAUGAAGUUGAUUUCCUGCAUCUUCCUGGCCACCCUGCUGAAAGCUGCAUUCCCCCAAGAGGACCCCAAUACUUACACGGAAUGCACUGACGGCUAUCAGUGGGACGCCGAAACUCAGCACUGCAAAGAUAUCAACGAAUGCGAGACCAUCCACCACGCCUGCAAAGGGGAGAUGAAAUGCAUCAACCAUUACGGGGGCUACCUGUGCCUUCCGCGGUCCGCCUCGGUCAUCAACGAUGUCAACGCUGAACGAGCCCCUCUUGACAGCCCCCCCAGGCCGAGACCUCGCCCACCGGUCCAGCCCUCCAGUCAUCCUCACACUUGCUCCCAGGGCUACGAGCCUGACCACUAUGGAUCGUGCGUGGACGUGGACGAGUGUGAAUAUGAUUUGCACGACUGCCAGCCCAGCCAGCAGUGUAUCAACACCAUCGGUAGUUUCCACUGCCAGUGCCCGGAGGGCUACCGGAAGAUCGGCACGGAGUGUGUAGACAUCGACGAAUGCCGCUACCGCUAUUGUCAACACCGUUGUGUCAAUUCCCCAGGAUCUUUCACCUGUCAGUGUGAAUCGGGAUUUCAGCUCGCCAGUAACAACCGCUCAUGUGUCGAUGUGAACGAGUGCGAGAUGGGAGCCCCUUGCAAGCAACGGUGCUUCAACACCUACGGAACUUUCAUCUGCCGUUGCAACCAAGGAUAUGAGCUAGACCACAAUGGCUUUACCUGCAAAGACGUGGACGAAUGCAGCUAUUCAAACUACUUGUGCCAAUACCAGUGUGUGAACGAACCCGGCCACUUCUCCUGCAUUUGUCCUCAAGGUUACAACCUCGUGAGCACCCGGCUUUGCCAAGACAUUAACGAAUGCGAGACAGACAGCCAUCAGUGCACGGAGUCCCAGAACUGUGUGAACUUUCACGGAGGGUAUCGGUGUGUGGAGAAGAAACUCUGCCAAGAGCCUUACAUCCAUGUCUCUGAAAACCGCUGUCUGUGCCCGACCACGAACCCCCUUUGCCAUGAUAAACCUUCCUCCGUUAUCUACCGGUAUAUGAGCAUCUUGGCCGAUCGGCCAGUGCCCUCAGACAUUUUCCAAAUUCAAGCCACCACCUUCUAUCCAGGAGCCUACAACACCUUCCAGAUCCGUUCAGGCAACGAGGAUGGAGAAUUUUAUAUCCGGCAAAUCAGCAACAUCAGUGCCAUGUUGGUCCUGUCGCGGGCCGUGGUGGGUCCCCGGGAGUUUGUCCUGGAUUUAGAGAUGGUCACCGUCAAUAACUUGAUGAGCUACCAGGCCAGCUCGGUGCUCCGCCUCACCGUCUUCGUGGGGGCUCACCCGUUCUAGUGGGGGGGGCAGAUCUCCUCUCCCCCCUUACCUGGCGUGGCAAGGAAAAAGGGGAAACGUCUGUCCAAGAUGGAGAAACAAUGAAGACAAACCGAGGGACACACAACUCUACAGGUGUGAAAAAUGGAGUCCGAUGCCCUCCAUGGACUUCCCCACCAACCGCCCAUCAGAAUCACCGAUGGCCAAGCCUGGACAGGCCCCGUAGAACCAUAGCUUAAAAAGACUUUGGACCCAAUCCAUCCUUUCUUAGCAUCGUCCCUUGACCCGUAACGCUGGCCAAUAACGCAACCUUUCUCUCCUAAUUCCCCAGGGAAGAGCAACUUGGGAAUGGGAUCAAAGAACCCAUCCCUGCCCUUGGGAUGGAGGGAGGACAUUGGAACAAUUUCAGUAGAAUUCCAUUUUUAUUUCUCUGGUUGGAAGAGAAAACGAGAGAAAGAGAGAGAGAAAGAGAAAAAAAAACCAAACCAAGACCAAUGAGGUUUAGUAAAAAGUUUGUUUUCUGGAAAAAGGAAAGACUGCAAAGGAGGGAAUUUGUGGUGUCCGUGUUGCUUGACUGGUUUGGGGAAAAUGGGAGCAGGGUGAAGUGAACGGAAAAAUCAGCUCAGGUUUAGGGUGAGCUGUGGAAAGAGUGGCUUUACUCAAAGAGCAAUUGUAGACCGGGUGGCUUUUGCAAAAGUUUUGAGUAAAGUUAUCUGUGUUUUAGGGGAGGGGAAGAGUAGAAAAGCAUACCAGGAGGGGGACUUAGCCAGGUUGGUCUCGCUCGACUUGGGAGCUCAGUAGGAUGCGACGCUGCUAGAGAUGAUCAGAAGGAGGUUUCAUUCAACCGUGGCAACUUUACACAUUGUGGACUUCAUGGCUGGUUGGGGAGUUCUGGGAGCUGAAGUCCUCAAGGCUUAAAGGUUGCCUUUGGCUAAAGUUUCUCAACCUUGGUAGCUUCAACUCCCAGAAUCCCCUAGCCAUCCUGCUU